AUGUCAGCACCAACCAGUCAAGCAGUACAAAACAUCUUUAAGAGAAUCACAAAAGAACAAUCAAAAGGAAGAAACUUUUUGGAUGUUUGCUUUGGUCUCCCAGAUCAAGGUGUUGGUCAUCGUCUAACCAAGACCCUUUGGCCAGAAAGAGAGUCAUAUUGGACAGUUACUAGAGUUAGAUUUACAAAGAAUUCUGGUGGUCGUACAACAUCACUAAGAGGAGCAGCAUAUGGUAUUUUAACAUGGGGAGGAAAGACAGACGAAAGAGAGAGAAAGGUUAUGGAUAUCUUGCAAAGAAAAUGGACCACCUUCCCAUACGAAUUCCAAAAGGCUGAAAAGAAGACUGAAACUACUGAACCAACAGAAGCAGCAGUAGAAGGAGAACAACAACAACAAAACUAA